CUUCCUUUGUCUUUCCCUUUCACUCAAACACAAAAACACUUCUCUUCUUUCUUACUCUCUCAUAUCACUCUUCAACCAAACCCUUUUUCUCUUUUCCCUCAUCCAAAAACAUGUUGAUCCCUCAUUCAUCAGUGCUGGUUGCACCCCAAACCACCACCCCCAUCCACUUGGAUGCACCUCUCCUUAACCAUUCCAACAUACCCUCUGAGUUUGUGUGGCCUGACAAUGAGAAACCAUGCCUUCAGCCACCAUCACUCAAGAUCCCACCCAUUGACAUGAAAAGCUUCCUCUCAAGAGAUCCACAGGCUGUGGAAGCCAUUUGUGCAGAGGUGAGUGAGGCAUGCAAGAAGCAUGGCUUCUUCCUUGUUGUCAACCAUGGUGUUGAUAAGAAGCUCCUAGAGAGAGCUCACAAGCUCAUAGACACUUUCUUCUGCAUGGAACUCCCAGAGAAGCAGCAGCUUCAGAGAAAGCUGGGAGAACACUGUGGCUAUGCUAAUAGCUUCAUUGGGAGAUUCUCCUCCAAACUCCCCUGGAAGGAAACACUCUCUUUCCAUUACUCUAAUGAUAAAUCCACCAGAACUGUUGAGGACUAUUUUCUAACUUCCAUGGGUGAAGAUUACAGAGAGUUUGGGAGUAUGUUUCAAGAGUACUGUGAGGUGAUGAGCAAGCUGUCUCUCGAGAUCAUGGAGCUUCUGGGAAUGAGUCUGGGAGUAAGCAGAGAAUGUUUCAGAGAUUUCUUCGAAGACAAUGAGUCUGUUAUGAGGUUGAACUACUACCCACCAUGCCUAAAACCAGAGCUAGCUUUAGGAACUGGGCCUCAUUGCGACCCCACUUCCCUAACCGUUCUCCACCAAGAUCAAGUCGAGGGCCUCCAAGUCUUUGUCGAUGGAAGAUGGUACUCUGUCGCCCCAAAAGAAGAUGCGUUCGUUGUCAACAUUGGCGACACAUUUAUGGCUCUUUCCAAUGGGAUAUUCAAGAGUUGCUUGCAUAGAGCUGUUGUGAACAACCAGGUUGUGAGAAAAUCUCUGGCUUUCUUCCUUUGUCCGAAUAAAGACAAAGUGGUGAGUACUCCGAAGGAACUAGUUACCGCCGAGAAUCCAAAGAAAUAUCCAGACUUCACAUGGCGAACUCUUCUUGAAUUCACACAGAAACAUUACAGGUCUGACGAGGAAACACUUGAUGCCUUCUCGAAAUGGUUGCUGGAGGAAAACAAGUGAACAGGUGGACCCCACCAGUGUUCCAUGGCCAACAACACUCUCUAAACUAAGCUUUAACUUGUUUCUGUUUUCUGUGAGGACGAUGACAUCAUGUGAAGAAGUGAAAAAGAGAGUGUUUUUGGUGGGCUGGUUCUGGAGAAAAAACAUAAAAUAAACAUGAAUAAAUGUUGUUAGUGUUGGGAGAAUAAGUGCAAAUGGAAGAACUAAGACCAUUUUGUAGGAAUAAAGAGUUUGUUUUGUGUAGUGAAGUUAUUCCAUGUUGUCACUACUAAUGCAUUACUACUUGUCUUAAGCUUUGUUCUA